AUGGCCGCCGGUUCGGAAGCGGUCCGUCGAGAAACCGGCCGGCCACCCUCAGAGGCGCCUCUUGAAACCCCGGCAGGCUCCGACACCGACAUGGACGAGCCGUGCUGCGAUGUCGACGAUGCGGAAAAGGGUGUCGCGGGGUCCUCUGCCGUGACCGCAUCCGUCCCGGCCAGCCGCGCCGCAGGUGGGGCCGGACUCGGAGGCAAACCCGGGUCCGCCACCGACGACGCCGCCAUUCACCGUGCAGCCUCCCGCUCGUCCACCCGCUCGCGCGCCCUGACCGUCGUGCCCCGCCACGAGAGGCGCGGUCUCCUCGGCCGCUUCUCCGUCGUGCCCGAGGUGAAGCGGCCGUACGACUACCGCCAUUCGACCAAAUGGGGCAUCACGGCCACCAUUUCGCUCGCCGCCAUGGCCGCGCCCCUGGGCUCGUCCAUCUUCUACCCCGAGACGGCCGAGGAAAGCGUCCGAGUUGCGUGGCUGACCGACUGCUGCGCAGCGGCCCUCCCGGCGCUCACGGACGAGCUCGGGGCGACGCCGACGAUGACCAACCUCUCCGUCGCCAUGUACAUGCUCUCCAUGUCCGUCUUCCCGCUCUGGUGGUCCUCCUUCUCGGAGCAGUUUGGCCGCCGCUCCAUCUACAUCAUCUCCUUUGCCCUCUUCGUCGUCUUCUCCAUCCUCUGCGCCGUCAGCACCAACAUCGCCACCCUCGUCGUCUUCCGCAUCCUCACCGGCGGUGCCUCGGCCAGCGUCCAAGCCGUCGGCGCAGGCACCAUCGCCGACAUCUGGGAACCGCGUGAGCGCGGCCGGGCCAUGAGCAUCUUCUACCUCGGUCCGCUGCUGGGGCCGAUCCUCGCCCCCGUCGUCGGCGGCAUCCUGGCUCAACGGCUUGGCUGGCAGUCGACCAUGUACUUUCUCGCCGGCUACGGCGCCGUCGUCCUGCUCCUUCUCGUCUUCCUGCUGCCCGAAACGCUGGCCAGGCGCGGCACGACGACGACGACGACGACGACGACCGAUUCGGUCGAGUCCCGCACCAGCCAGCCGACGAAAAAGACGCUUGCCGAGCAGCUCGCAACGCUGACGAAGCGCGUCCUCGUCGACCCUCUGCGCGUCCUGCUGUUCCUCCGCUUCCCGCCCGUUCUCAUCACCGUCCUCGUCGCCGCCGUUGCCUUUGGCGCCCUCUUCGUCGCCAACGUCGCCAUCCAGCAAAAGUUCUCGGCGCCGCCCUACGGCUUCCGGCAGGUCGUCGUCGGCCUGCUCUACGUGCCGCCCGGCCUCGGAUACUUUGUCGCCUCCUUCUUCGGCGGCCGCUGGAUCGACGCCAUCAUGGCGCGCGAGGCCGUCAAGGCGAACCGCUACGCCGAGGACGGCUCCCUCGUGUAUCUCCCCGAGGACCGCAUGCGCGAGAACAUGUGGAUCGCCAACACUCUCUAUCCCGCCGGUCUGCUCCUGCUAGGCUGGUCGCUGCGGUACGGCGUGGUGUGGAUGGUCCCCUCCGUCGGCGGCUUUCUGUUUGGCCUUUCGUCCAUGCUCGUGUUUUCUGCCGUGACGACCAUGCUCACCGAAUUCGUUCACAAACGUUCGUCGGCCGGCGUCGCCGUCAACAACUUUGUGCGCAACAUCCUCAGCUGCGUCGGCACCGUCGUCGCUGCGCCCUGGAUCACCGCCAUGGACACGGGCUGGGUCUUCACCAUCAUCGCCCUCUUCUGCCUCGUCUCAGGCUACGGCGGCAUCUGGACCCUGCGACGGAACGCGCCGCGGUGGAGGGUUGAACUGAACGAGGCGCUCAAGGACAUGUGA